GGCUGUAAGUCCCCACUCCAGCCUGGUCAGGCAGGGAGUCAUCCAGGCUGAGCCCAUUGUCCAAGAGCCUGGGCUGAGAGAGAGUCAUAAGGUGGGGUCUGAGGCUGGCCCUGCCCGUCACGGGCGUCAGAACCCGAGGUCUGUCCUGCCUCCUUCCUUCCUGCCCCUCCUCUACCUCAUAGGUGGGGCACGUGCCCUUUUGGUCCCCCUAAGGGAGCUCCUUCCCUGAGGUCAUCUAGACCUUGGCACCAGUUGGGGUUAAGCAGGGAGGUUGGGAAGGCUCCUUGGCUUUGUGCUGGAGCCUACUCUUCCUAGGGACUGAGUCUUACAGUCUGAUCCCCCACACCCACCCCAUGUCCUGCUGUCUGGUCUCACCAGUGGGUGCUCCAGGCAUCUGUGUAUGCCCCUGUCUGUCUGGACCAGGUGUGAUCCUAGGAGCGCCCCUGGCCUCCAGCUGCGCAGGAGCCUGUGGUACCAGCUUCCCAGAUGGCCUCACCCCUGAGGGAACCCAGGCCUCCGGGGACAAGGACAUUCCUGCAAUUAACCAAGGGCUCAUCCCGGAAGAAACCCCAGAGAGCAGCUUCCUCAUCGAGGGGGACAUCGUCCGGCCGAGUCCCUUCCGACUGCUGUCAGCAACCAGCAACAAGUGGCCCACGGGUGGUGGUGGUGUCGUGGAGGUCCCCUUCCUGCUCUCCAGCAAGUACGAUGAGCCCAGCCGCCAGGUCAUCCUGGAGGCUCUUGCGGAGUUUGAACGUUCCACGUGCAUCAGGUUUGUCGCCUAUCAGGGCCAGAGAGACUUCAUUUCCAUCAUCCCCAUGUAUGGGUGCUUCUCGAGUGUGGGGCGCAGUGGAGGGAUGCAGGUGGUCUCCCUGGCACCCACUUGUCUCCAGAAGGGCCGGGGCAUUGUCCUUCAUGAGCUCAUGCAUGUGCUGGGCUUCUGGCACGAGCACACGCGGGCCGACCGGGACCGCUAUAUCCGUGUCAACUGGAACGAGAUCCUCCCAGGCUUUGAAAUCAACUUCAUCAAGUCUCGGAGCAGCAACAUGCUGACGCCCUAUGACUACUCCUCUGUGAUGCACUAUGGGAGGCUCGCCUUCAGCCGGCGUGGGCUGCCCACCAUCACACCACUUUGGGCCCCCAGUGUCCACAUCGGCCAGCGAUGGAACCUGAGUGCCUCGGACAUCACCCGGGUCCUCAAACUCUACGGCUGCAGCCCAAGUGGCCCCAGGCCCCGUGGGAGAGGGUCCCAUGCCCACAGCACUGGUAGGAGCCCCGCUCCGGCCUCCCUAUCUCUGCAGCGGCUUUUGGAGGCACUGUCGGCGGAAUCCAGGAGCCCCGACCCCAGUGGUUCCAGUGUGGGAGGCCAGCCCGUUCCUGCAGGGCCUGGGGAGAGCCCACAUGGGUGGGAGUCCCCUGCCCUGAAAAAGCUCAGUGCAGAGGCCUCGGCAAGGCAGCCUCAGACCCUGGCUUCCUCCCCAAGAUCAAGGCCUGGAGCAGGUGCCCCCGGUGUUGCUCAGGGGCAGUCCUGGCUGGCCGGAGUGUCCACCAAGCCCACAGUCCCAUCUUCAGAAGCAGGAAUCCAGCCAGUCCCUGUCCAGGGAAGCCCAGCUCUGCCAGGGGGCUGUGUACAUAGAAAUCAUUUCAAGGGGAUGUCCGAAGAUUAAGCCUGUGGCUUCUGUCCCCAAGUAGGGAGGGCAUCCUCUGCCCAGUGGAGCUGGGUCGUCUACCUCUUGGCUCCUUUGGGCCACACCACUGUCUUCCAGCCCCAACCUACCACCCCAUCUCAGAGGGCCGGGACUCUUCCCCUGUCUCUCUUCACUGUGUUCCCCUAAGGGCUCCUAGGGCCAGGGGUUCUUCUAGCUCUGCCACAGGGGAAGGCAGGCCUGGCUGUGCCUGCUCUUGACUUUUGCCCAGCCCUGGUGGAUGCUGGGAAUGGGAGGUGACAUUCUCCAGGGACAGGUCCUGGAAGGGGUGGGGAAGAAGUAGGUUCCAGCCCCGCAGAACCCUGGAAUCCCUCCUGUGCCUGAGGCCCUGCCCCCCAGCAUGGACUAAUGGUGUCCCUACCUCUCCCUCAGGGCAGCCCUGUGGCUGGGACCCUGGGAACAGCCUCCCAUCCCACCCAACAUGCCCAAGUGUGGGGGAAUGUUCUACAGCGGUGUAGCCUCCAGCCCUUCUCUCCAGGAGGCUUUGAGAGCCCAACUUACUCCCCUGCAGAGCAGGAAGGUGGUAGGUCAAGUGUGGCCACCACUGGGGAGACGAGAAAGAAGUGGGGCCCCACCAGAUUGCACAAUGGGAACCUCAGAUGGCCCCUGAACAGAGGACUCAGUUGUCUCCACCCCACACCGCUAUUCCCUGGAGCUCAGCCAGGCGCAGCCUUGGAAGGAGAAAGGGCUGGGGUUAUCUGGCUUGUCCUCCUCCAGGCAAGCCCCCCUCCUCCUCUGCCCCAGCUCCCAGCCUGGCCUCCUCCAGGCAGGCCCUACUCCUCUGCCCCAGCUCCGGCUUUCCCCAUGAGGUUUGUCCCAGGCAUGAAGAAAGCAUCCAGGGUGCCAAUGAGUGGGCCUAGGCCAGAGGCCCCUCAGUCCCCAAGGGUACUGUUUUGGUGGCCUUUCAGAGGGUCAAGGAAGACCUGCUUGGGGUAGAAGGGGCAGGAGCCCCACAUGUUGGGGGAGGAAAUAAAGUGGAGUGUGCUGUGCU